AUGUCAUCAACCCAAGUAAAUGUUUUCGCAACAUCAAUUGUAAAACCAGAAUUUGUAGAAGAAUUUAUUAGUUUUUUUAAAACAGUGGUUCAAGAAUCAAACAAAGAGGAUGGUGUUAUUAAAUAUGAUUUAAAUCAAGAUUUUGAAAAUAAAAAUAUUUUUUAUAUUUAUGAAGAGUAUAAAUCUAUGGAUGCAUUGGAGUAUCAUAAAACAACCCCACAUUUCUUAUCAAUGCUCAAAUUUACAGAAGGGAAAAUUUUAGAUCUUCAAAUUAAAAUUUUUAAACCAAUUCAAUAA